AAUGUGCGUCGUUCGUAUCCGAACCCAACUUUAACUCCGAUUAUUAUUUUUAUUAGACGAAGAAUAUAUAAUAUUUUUACAUUUUGCCUUUGUCGUAGUUUCGUGUGUUUAUACUUUACACUGUACGAAUAAGCAUUUUCAAGAGUUUAAGUAAAAAUAAAACUCAAAUGUUAGUCUUAAAAAUAUUGUAGACGUAUACGAAGGUGCAUUUUGUGUUUAUGUCAGGCGAUUAGAUUUUUGUUUUUAACAGCCAGCUAAAAUAAAAUUCAUUUUUCACUCUUUAAAAUUCGUUUAAAAAUAUAAAAUUCGCGCAGUUUUUUGUGUGUUGGAUUUUGUUGUGUGUGUGGCGAGGUUAAAAAAUUAAAUAAUAUUUUGUUGCACGACUCAUACUCAUGACCGAUAUGGGCGAUUUGGACCGAAGUUUGAUAAAGGAAUUUUCCUUGGUGCCGGCAUUUUACAAUAAAGCCAGUCCACAUUUCAAAAACAAAGCUUUCAUUGAGGAGGCAUGGACGGAAAUUUCGAAGAAAUUGGGCUACGAUGUAACCAUGCUAAAAGACCGCAUGAAUCAACUCCGAAAUCGAUACAAUUUGGAGAAGCGCAAAGUAAUUGCACUGAAAGACGAUGGCAUUCGUAAUCCAAAGAUCAGCUGGCCCCUGUUCGCCAAUUUACGAUUCCUGGACAAUCAUAUACGGCCACGCAAAUCGUACAAAGGGAUGAUGCGCAAAGAGGGUUUCCUGUUCGACACGUACAAGGACAAGGAUCAAGACUAUGUGCCGAAUGGGACGCGGGUGCAUGCACCGCGUCGUGGACGGCCGCCGCUGCAACGGAAAGAGAUUAAAGACGAAUCGGCUGAUAACGAUGUGAAUGAAUUGUUUCAACGUGAAUAUGAAACUGAGGAUGAUGGCGGCAAUGAUACAUCGAAUAAUGUUGACGAUUAUCUGAAUCCAGCGAAUUUCUUAGAAGAUACCGAGAGUGAAAACAACGAUAUACAGCUCAUAACCGAUUCAAAUGUCUCAACCAAUGGCUACAACCACGACGAACACCAAAAGCCUUCGUUGACUGUACGGAACAUCAAUUGCCUAAAACGAUCUUUGCAAGAUUCAGCCGACGACUGUCCAUUCCGAGAGCCAAAAAUGCCCAAAUUGCAUAAAGCCCAUCGAACGUCCGACAAAUUCGAAGCGUUUGGCAAUUUCGUGACGGCUUCGUUGCAAGAUUUACCAGAAAAUAAAUCGCUGGAAAUUAUCGAAAAGUUCACCAAUGAAAUUGUGAGAGCACUGAUACAGAAUUGAUAGAGAAACAGAGAAACAGAGAGAGAGAGAGAGAGAGAGAGAGAGAGAGAGGCGAGGAUUUGACUCGAAUGUUCGAUUUUCUUUUGUGAUCAUUUUAUUAUCAGUGCAAAUCAAAGUUUACUUAUUCCAUUGAAUAGAAUGAUUUAGAUGUUAAGUGAUCUUGUUGUCGCGUUAAAACGAAUGAAGUUUCAGGGUACUCUAAUUGUGUUUACCUUUAAAUUUACUUCCUCAUAUUAUAUAUACCUAAGAAUGUACUUUACUUUGAUUGAGUUUCGAAAACAAAGUAAAUCUCCACACAA